AUGUAUCGAGGUGGCACGAUUAUCCAAGACCCCGAAGAUCUCAUCUCUCCCUCCGUCAAGCAUGGAUCGGGAGAGAAGGCAGUGCUCAACGAUAAAGUCAUGCAAGAUGGCUCCUACCGGAUCAAGCUCGACCCUGACGAACACCCACUCAACUGGCCCGCCCGAAAGAAAUGGACGGCGACGAUGGUCAUCGUCUUUAUGACGGCGAAUAUCACCUUCUGCUCAAGCAUUCACGCCGCGGCAAUCCCUGGCGUCACCAAAACAUUCGCAUGUUCUCCGACCGUUGCAACGUUAGGAGUAACGACAUUCCUGGUCGGAUUUGCCUCGGGCCCAAUGCUAUUCGCACCGCUCUCAGAAGCACUGGGAAGACAAAUCGUCUUCCGCAUCACCAUGUUCCUCUUCUUCUGCUUCAACAUCGGCUGUGCGCUAUCGCCCAACCUUGCCGCUCUUCUGACAUUUCGGUUCUUCAGCGGGUUCUUUGGGUCACCCGUUGUGACUAACAGCGGCGGAUGCUUGGCAGACAUCUGGCCUCAAAGCCAUCGUUCGGUACCAUUCGCACUGUUCACGACGGGCAGUUCCCUCGGUCCAGUCCUAGGGCCGGUGGCGGGAGGUUUCAUCUCGCAGCAUCUGGAUUGGAGAUGGCUCUAUUGGGUCGUGACCAUCAUUGCCGCGAUCGUGUACACCGCCAUGCUCUUCUUCCUCCCCGAGACAUACGCGCCAACCCUUCUCCAACGUAAAAUGGCCAAGGCAGGCAUCAAGCCCCCACGCCAAUCCUUCAAGGAGCAAUACCUUACCAACCUAACCCGCCCAUGGCUCAUGCUCUUCACUGAGCCCAUUCUAUUCGUCCUGGGACUCUACUCCGCAUUCGUCUGGGGUAUACUAUAUCUCGACUUCACCGCCUACCCAGUAGUGUUCCGGCAGACGCGCCAUUGGAGCGAGGGUAUCGCAGGUCUAUCCUUCUUGGGUAUCGGACUCGGCAUGGCGAUCGCAACGGCGAGCUCACCCUGGAUUAACGACAUCCACGGCAUAUGGGUCAAGAAACUUGGAGGCCCGAAACCUGAGGCGCGACUCCCACAUGUCAUCAUCACAGCAUGGUUCAUCCCCAUGGCGCUCUUCUGGUUUGGAUGGACGGCAAAUCCGCCGACACAUUGGAUCGUUUGCAUCUUUUCUGGCAUACCCUUCGGCAUUGGCUUUGUCACGCUCUUCUUGGGAACCAACGCAUACCUGACUGACUGCUAUGGGCGUUUCUCAGCAAGCGCACUGGCUGCUAAUGCCGUCAUGCGGUCUUUGUUCACGGCUGGUUUCCCGCUGUUUGCGCGGCAGAUGUACGUUAAGAUGGGGACGCCGUGGGCUAGCAGUACGCUGGGGUUCGUCGCCUUGCUUAUGGCGCCCGUACCCUGGCUGUUCUUUCGGUUCGGUCCGACGAUUCGAGCGAGGUCAAAGUAUCAUCUUUGGACUGUGGAGUUGGAGGAGGCUGAGAAGGAAAGGACAUCUGACGAUGAAGUGUAG